CAGGACCCAGAAGGGUACUUGAGGAUUGUAUUACAAUGAGAAGAACCUUCACGCUGCUGUUUGUUGUGACUCUGGCUGGAGUUUGUAUAACUAGCGUGGCUCCAAGGCUCUGGGGAGAUACCAUUACUGAAUUUGCUAUGGAUCUACACCGGGCCAUGCGCUCAGUUGACACAGAAGAGAACAUUAUUUUUUCCCCACUUGGCGCUACAUUGAUUCUAGGAAUGAUAAAACUGGGAGCAAAAGGAACAGCAUCGCAUCAAAUAAAGGAAGUUCUGAAACUGCAGGGAAAUCAAGAAAGUGAGGAGUUCUCUGGGCUCCAAAAGCUGCUUGCUGUCAUUUCGGAAGAAAAUAAAGAAUUUACAUUUAAUCUUGCAAAUGCCCUCUACCUUCAAGAAGGCUUCCACGUGAAGGAGCAGUAUCUCCAUAGCAACAGAGAUUUUUUCAAGAGUGAAAUAAAGCUGGUGAAUUUCCAAGAUUUAAAAGCUUCUGCUGAAAUAAUAAGCGCAUGGGUAGAAAUGCAAACAAAUGGAAAAAUCCGGAACAUGUUUUCAAGUGGAGACAUUGGACCUCUCACAAGACUUAUUUUGGUCACUGCUAUUUAUUUCAAAGGAGAAUGGGAACAUAAGUUUAGUCCAGAUGCGACUCAUCCAAAAGACUUUACAAUGAAAAGGGGCAUUACUACCAAGAUCCCAAUGAUGAACCUUAAUUUAGCAACAAAGCUUGGAUAUUUUUCAGAGAAUGAUCUUAAAUAUAAAGUACUAGAACUUCCCUACAAAGGGGGCAAACUCAGUUUAUUAAUAGCUCUUCCUGACGAAAAUUUAGACAUAGAAAACUUGGAGAAAGUGUUGACAGCUCCAACACUAAAAGACUGGGACAUCAACAUGAAGGAAGAAAUGGUUGAAAUCAGCCUGCCAAGGUUUAAAAUAGAACAUAAAGUUGAUUUAAAGCAAUCUCUGCUUCAUCUGAAUGUAACUGAUGUCUUCCAUCCAGCCUGCGAUCUUUCAGGAAUUACAGAUACUUCAAACUUGUACAUUUCUAAGGUGGUUCAGAAGGUUUCCAUUGAAGUAAAUGAAGCUGGAAGUGAAGCUGCUGCAUCAUCAGGCAUGCAGGUUGCUGCCAUGAGCAUGACCAAUCACAGAUUUAUUGCAGAUCGACCAUUCUUGUUCUUCAUCAGACACAACCCAUCAGGAUCAAUUCUGUUCAUGGGAAAGGUGACAAAUCCAGAUCAAAGUGAUACAAGAGGACGAGAUGUUGAAUCAUUAUAAAUAAGAUGAACAUCCAGAUUCUUCGAAUACUCUCAGGGCAGCGAGACAUGACUACUUGUCCGGUAUUAGGCCAUGUUUGACACAGCUGCUAUU